AUGAAUAAGAAAGUGUGUGAAAAAUUCGAGAAUGUAUGGGAGGAUUUUCCCAAUACAUUGACAGAUGAUGGAAAGUAUCAAUUUAAAGAUAAUACUUUUUUAAAUAGUUAUUGUGGUAGUUAUAGUUGUGAUACUGAUCUCAAAAAAGUUGACGCCGGAUUUUUUUAUUUGGUUAAUGAACUCUUUGGGCCUUCUGGUGUGUUUAAGAAUAAUGAAAAAAGUAAUAUCAAUGCUGUUGAAUACAUUAUCAUAUGGUUAAGUUAUAUGUUAAACCUAAAGGAUAGCACAGGAAACAUUCUAACAAAUUUUUAUAAAAUAUAUAUAAAAAAUCAAGAAAAGUAUAAAAAUACUAUAAAUGGUGUUGAAGGUUGUAGUAAUUAUGAUGAUCUUAUAUAUAAAAAAAAUGAAUUGAUGAAUAUUACUAAUGAAAAAUUGUCUAAAUUUUAUGCUCCAUUUAAAUUAUUAUGUGAAAUGUAUUCUGCAUUUGAUGAAAACAAGAAAAAUUGCACAAACUGUUCGGGAAAAGCUCAAGAAUUUGUUGAUAAAUAUAAAAAUCUUAAAGAAGAUUCUAGUAUUACUAAUGAUAGUUCCUGUAAUAAAAUAUUGUCUACAUUAUCAAAUGAUUAUAAUAAUUUAAAAAAUAAAUGUAGCAAUAUUUCAUCUCUUCCAGAUAUAAAAACAGCACAAAAUAAUGUACAAACUUCUAAACAAAGUUCUAAACAAAGUCCUGAGCAUACUUCUGCAACUAAUUCUGUACAAAUUUCUGAACAAAUAUCUGGAAAAUUUUCUGAAGAUCCAUCAAGUUCGUCGAUAGGAAACAAAUUGUUUACAGUUUUAUCGAUAUUUGGUGCAAUAGCAUUUUUUUUAGGAAUUUCUUAUAAGUAUUCGUUAUUUGGAUUUCGGAAACGAGCUCAAAAACAAUAUUUAAGAGAAAAAAUAAAAAAUAUAAAGAAGAGAAUGAAUCAUUAA